UAUGUACAAUGAGUUCUCUCUGUCCUUAAAUAUUUGUUAAAGGGUUCAAGGAUACCGUUAUGAAUUGGAAAUGUCCAUUUAUAAAUAAAAGUUGCGGUUCUUGGAACUAUAGAGGAUAUGAGGUUAAGACAUUAUGAGCUCAAACAGGAAAAGUUUUUCAACUCCAGUAGCGCACAUUCGGAACUACAAAGCAUUCUCGAAAAUACAGGGAAAUCACCAAAUUUAUACGAAGCUGGCAGUUUCUCAAACCAAGAGAACACAAAACUUCAAUCAGUCCUGAAAGAAAGCAUGAAGAAUGCCACUAUAGCGAAAAAGUUGGAAGAAUGGGUGAGAAAGAAAAAAAUAACGGAGUACAAAACCUCCACUGUAGAAAUGUACUUAAGUGGAAUAAACGAGAUAAUCUGCUUGGUAGCUUGUGUUAUAUGUAACGUGUUACUGAUAUGUGGAAUAGGGAAGGACAGACCUCAUCUCAUGAUUCCCUGGCUUGUGGUGUAUCUCAUAGGAACUAUUAGUCUGUAUAUCGGGUCCAUUAUGAUUCUCCUCUCUAAUCAGUUUAUCAAGGCUCUGUUACCGUUUUGUAUCGGAAUACUGUUUACAAUUCUGUGGUUCAAGGUGAAAGUGAUGUUUCUGGAAAUGAAAAAGGAAAGUUACAGAAGACAAAGGGUUUCGUAUACAGAAAUGAUCACUGCAGUGUAAAAACAAACGGAUCAGAGAAUCAAGAGUGGAAAAGAAUUGUGUUUGAAAACAAAUAUUUUUUUUUUAAAUGUGAUAAAAUAAAAUAUGUUUAAUGAUAUUCGCUGAGCGGCAGAAAAUAAAAUUGAACCAAAUGAUAUAAUUUUUGAGGCAGUGUAUUCGAAAGUUCAAGAAACAUUUGAAAAAAAUUGCAUCCUUUUGUGCUAUGAUAAAUUUUCUAAAAACUUAAUGCCAGUAAAUUUUACAAUUAGUUUUUUUUUAUGUCCAAAAUCUGAAAGAUUAAAAUUUUCAUAUUUUUCCACAGUUUUUAAUACAACAUUUAAACCCCAGACUGUAGCGGAAUAGAUCAAGACCUGCAUUAAGUAUUUUUUUGCGAAUAUAGCUUGUUGAAGAUGUAAUAAAGAAAAUAUGUUGUAAUACAAGUAGUGUGAAAUCA